GUCAGAGUCAAUUUACCAAAAAAAAAAAAAAAAGGGAACAAAGAAGGGGAAAACUUUCAUUAAUGCACUAAUGAGCAUCUAUGAUAAGACAUAAUUGGCAAGUGAAUUUUUUAUAGCACUGAGAUGCAUUGCACAAUCAAUAUUCAUUCAGAGAAAGGAAAGAUGAAUAACCUCAGUUCAGGCAACGAGGAAUUCUUUAUAGCCAAAUUGAACUCCCAUGACCUAUCAGAUCUUAUCUCUCAGAAGACCAGUGUAUCAGGUGAUAUCUUGACAGGUGAAGAUUUGAUCUAAGCUUCCAUAAACGGAGCUUCCAAAUGAAUCUUAUAAUAAUUUUAAGCGAGUUGACCUAGGGUAAUAUUAACUACGCCAGUUGGUUUGCCAAUCACAAGGUGGUUCUGCAAGUACAAUAUCAUUUUUGGAACUACUGGUUAUUUUUCUAUUGUGCAAACCAGGCCAGGAUAAACCUGAACGAGGACCCAGAAUAUGCUGGAAUUCAAGUUGUUAGCACAUGGAAAAUCUUGAUCAUCGGUGCAUUAUUAUAAUAGACACUGUGCCACUGAGCCAAGUGACUUCAAACCUUAAGAUCGUACUUAGAUCAGUUCAUCUGGGGAAGUUGAUUUGGUGAUUUAAUUGUAACAUUGCCACCUUUCAAAUCAUUGUUUCUUUAGUUGGCCAGCUUCUCUAUAUAUACCAUCCCCUCUGCGCCCUUACUAUCUCGUGAGCAAAAGCUACUAAACCUCAUUGUGCAUUGCAAUGGCUUUCAAAGCUAACUUGCUUUUCUUGUUUGCUUGUUUCCUUCUUGUCACUACCAGGGUUAUUUCCACUGAGGAGGAAAUCUUCCAAGAGAAAGCCCCUGCCCCUGCCCCAGUGAAGUCUUAUGAUCACCAUGCUCCACAGAAGGCUCCUUAUCCUCCGGAGAAUUCUCAUCAUCCCCCACAGAAAGCACCAGCCCCAGCGAAGUCUAAUGCCCCAGAGAAGGCUCCUCAGCCCCCAAAGAAGGUUCCAGCUCCUUCCCCAAGCAAAGUUCCCCCAGUCCAUUACACUGGUCCUCCAUCAAAGGCACCUUAUCCCCCAGAGAAAGCACCAGCCCCAAAAAAGUCUAACGCCCCGGAGAAGGCUCCUCAGCCUUCAAAGAAGGUUCCAGCUCCUUCCCCAAGCAAAGUUCCCCCAGUCCAUUACGGUACCUCCCCAUCAAAGGCACCUUCUCCAGUGGAGCAUGGCUGCGUCAAUCUCUGCGAAAAGCGGUGCAAGACUCAUCGUAGGAAGAGGCCCUGCAUGAGAGCAUGCACAGAAUGCUGCGCCAAGUGCAAAUGUGUUCCUCCAGGAACUUCUGGUAACCUGGAAAAGUGCGACAACUGGGAUUAUGUCAUUCUCCAUGGCAAAAAGGUUGAUUGCCCUUGAAUCAAUCGAAUCCAAACCCUCGCCUCUGUUGGACCAUAAUAAUAAUAAUAAUAAUUUUACAUGAUCAGAACUGAAUAAUUUCUCUAUUAAUUUGUUCAUUUUAGCAUGUAAUUAGCUCACUGUCUUGAAUUCUACAUGUAACCAUAUCACUGUUUCAUGGGACAUUAUCGUUAAUAAAGAACUUUUGCUUCUUCAA